AUGGGUUUGUGUGCAAGUACCCAUGAAGAGCCAGUUUCUAGUCAGCCCAAACCAGUUGUUAAGACGAAAUCUACACCCAAGAGCAAAAAUGUCCCUCAAAGACAGGCAAACGCAGAUUUGAACAAGAGGAAACAGAAGAAGAAGCAGAAUGAUACUACUGAUUUUAAAAUAUCUGAACAGUCAGAUGAGAAUAGAACUAAGUUGACACCACAAGAAGCAGCUAAACUGGCAGCAGAGAAAAGGUUAGCUGAGAGUAAUGAGAAAGAUACAAAAGGUGCCUUGGGAAAGAAACUAGCUACAGAGAGAGCUAAGUCACAUAAGUCACAAAUGGUGGAACAAGUAGAGAAGCAAAAGAUUGAAAAGGCAAAUGAAGAUUUGGUAUAUGAUUAA